AUGAGUAAACUUUCCUCACUGCUUCAAUCGCCAAAUGCAGUAUUAGUAAGACAGUUAUUGUGUUGUCGUAAUUUAUGUGGCUGCUAUGUGGGAAUUAUAUUUUGCGGAGCUGUAUCUGUGAGCAUUUUCAAUUGCGAAUUGGGAAAUCUUGACGUUCUUACUGUAGUACAGUAGUUGGUAUGCUAUCACCAGGUAAUAACAACAUCGGCGAAUGUGCGCUAGUAAAGGAGGGAGCAGCAGUUCUUUAAUGUGUAGAAUUAAGCUCACCGCUGUAUUUCAAACGAUUAUGGAAAGUAUCUUGUUUGUACCGGUAACAUGUGCUUUUAAAACCCAACGCAAAGCGGGUGCUUAUGAGCCGACCAGCUAACCAAAGCAGAGGUUGGCCAUUCUUUUGAACCACCUACGUGGCUUUGAAGAAGUCUCUCUGCUUUUCAACUGUAUGCCAGUCGCAGACAUUGUCAUCUAAGCUUUGGUGUCUUGGAAGGGCACGAUUGUGAAAAUGACCGCCAAUGAGAACACAGGAGCAUCUCUGGUAGCAGAGCUCUCCUUCACUUUUCAAGACGAGUUAACCGCAACCAUUCAAAAUGCGCUUGGUGUGGCAGUGGAGAUAGCCGUUGUCGAAAUAACCAAACUGGUCACCCAGGUGCUGAGAGGUGUGCGAGACCAAAUGCACGAAACCAUAAGGGACAACAAAUCGCUGAAGUUUAGACUACAGACUGCAGAACAUGAGCUCAGUACCGUGCGUAAUCGUCUGGAAGAGCACCGUCGCCAAACGUCGUAUGGGAGUAAAGGAGAUGCUGCUGCUGGCAACAUUGGCAUUCAGCAGAUACACGAACAGCUGACUACCCUAAAUACCGGUCGGGUACAAACAACAACCAGAACAGGGGACUGUGACAGCAAUGGAGAUGUACUCUCUAAUCAUCGUGCUACCGGCGCGCCAUCAGAUGUGAAGGAAAUGUUCGGCGUAUUGGAUGACCCAUCCCAUGCGGACAGCGCGUACUCUGCAGAGACCUUUUGUGAGAUCAGAGCAGAUGGAAGCGUUUGUACACAAGACAUAAAACAGGACUUGACCGAAGAACCUCGACUAUCAAGUGAAACUCAGGGCAGGCCUGCGACCAAGGAGGAGCAGACCAGCUUACGUUCUUGUAACCAAGAACAAAGGGAACACUGCAGUCUUGAAAACUCUGGCAGAACUCACGGUGCAACGCAGGCCCUGUCAGAUGGCCAGAUCAAACUAGCUGGGGCUGAAGUGAAAGUUGAGGCAGCAGAUUUGAACUGCAGCUCAGACGGUGACCUGGCAUUUGGGCCAGAGGAAGACCAUGAGGACUUUGCGGAGGACAGCCUGGCUCUGGCCCAGUCCCAGCUGCUGGAGGACUGGAGACCAGAGCCCCUACAGCUCCAGAGCUGCGAGGCAGAAGCCUUCGCUCCAUCCACCAGUCAUUCUCUUGAUGCAUCCAUGUUUCCUCCAAACAUCCCUGACCUCCCCCUGCUGCCUCCAGCUGGGUCCGGCCACCCCGUGCCUCUCCCCAAACCCUACACCCAGCACAGGAACGCGGCUGCAGGGCCUUCCUCCUCAUCAUCAUCAUCCAGCUCCUCCGGCCCCAACCAGCUGUACUCCGCUCCAUCUUCCUCCUCCUCCUCCCGAAGCCACCAGCCUCACGUGUGCAAGGUGUGCGGCCAGACCUUCCGUCUGUCGGAGGAGCUGCGCAGGCACCGCAAGAACCACAUCCGCAGCCCCAAGAAGAGCCUGUUCCCGCCAGGCCGCUCGCCCUACCACUGCUCCCUGUGCGGCCGCGACUUCAACCGCAUGGAGCACCUGAAGAUCCACCAGCGCAUCCACACGGGCGAGCGGCCUUACGCCUGCAGCGUCUGCAACGCGCGCUUCCGCCACUCGUGGGCGCUCACGCGCCACUUCCGCAUUCACACCGGCGAAAAGCCCUACACGUGCGGCAUCUGUGGCAAGACGUUCCGGAACUGCGGCGGGCUGAGAUUCCACCAGCGCUCGCACGGAGUGGGCGGCGGGGUCUCGUAA